CUCCUCUUGAGUGCUUCAAUCAUCCAAACAGCCAAGCUUGACGAUCAAACACCCUCAACCGCAACCAUGGUCAAGUCUAUCCUUUCUUCCGCCCUCUUCGCUGCGACCGCUCUGGCCGCCAGCCGCACCACGGCUCCUUCCGGCUCCAUUACCGUCGCCAAGUCCGGGGGUGACUACGACACGAUCAGCAGUGCCGUUGCUGCUCUUAGCACCACCACCACCGACACUCAGACUAUCUUUAUCGAAGCUGGCGAGUACGAGGAGCAGGUUCUGGUUCCCGCCCUUGCCGGAAAGCUGAUCAUUUACGGCGAGACUGAGGAUGACACCUCCUACGCUGACAACACCGUGAACGUCACCUACGGUCUGGGUCUGGCUGAUGUCUCCAGUGACGAUGAGACUGCUACCUUCCGCAUCCACACCUCGAACGCGGCCAUCUACAACAUCAACUUCAUCAACUCCGGCGGUGCCUCUGCUAAGCAGGCCCUGGCUGUCAGCGCCUAUGAGACCGAGCAGGGUUUCUACGGUGUCGGCAUGUACGGAUACCAGGACACCCUUCUCGCUGAGACCGGAAACCAGGUCUACCUCAACUCCUACAUUGAGGGUGCUAUUGACUUCAUCUUUGGCCAGCACGCCCGUGCCUGGUUCCAGAACUGCGACAUCCGUGUCGUCGAGGGCCCCAGCUCUGCCUCCAUCACUGCCAACGGCCGUAGCUCCGAGACUGACACCUCUUUCUACGUGAUCCACAAGUCCACCGUCGCUGCCGCCGCUGGCAACGACGUUGCCUCCGGCACCUACUACCUCGGCCGCCCCUGGUCCGAGUACGCUCGCGUCUGCUUCCAGGAGACCUCCAUGACCGACGUUAUCAACGCUCUCGGCUGGACUGAGUGGUCCACCUCCGAGCCCAACACCGAGUACGUCACCUUCGAGGAGUACGACAACACCGGUGCCGGCUCCGAGGGUACCCGUGCCUCCUUCUCCUCCAAGAUCUCCACCCCCUACACCAUCUCCACCAUCCUCGGCUCUGACUACGCCGACUGGGUUGACACCACCUACCUCUAA